ACAGACUUUUUUUUCCGGAAGAGCGCUACCCAAGUUCGGCGGUCCGCGCGCGGUGUCAAAAUGCUCAAGUCCAAGACCUUCUUAAAGAAGACGCGAGCUGGCGGCGUGAUGAAGGUCGUGCGCGAGCACUACCUGCGCGACGACAUCGGCUGCGGGGCGGCCGGCUGCGCAGCGUGCAGCGGGGCGCAGGAGGGGCCGGCCCUCGAGCCCCAGCCCCGGGACCCGGCCAGCAGCCUCUGUCCGCUGCCGCACUACCUGCUGCCGGACACCAACGUGCUGCUGCAUCAGAUUGAUGUUCUGGAGGACCCGGCCAUCAGGAAUGUCAUUGUGUUACAAACCGUUCUCCACGAAGUGAGAAAUCGUAGUGCCCCGGUGUACAAACGAAUCAGAGAUGUGGCCAGUCAUCAGGAGAAACACUUCUAUACGUUCACUAAUGAGCACCACAGAGAAACCUAUGUUGAACAAGAAAAGGGAGAAAAUGCGAAUGACAGAAAUGACAGAGCUAUUCGAGUAGCCGUCAAAUGGUACAACGAACACUUGAAAAAACUAUCAGAAGACAGUCAGCUGCAAGUUAUCUUCAUAACAAAUGACAGAAAAAACAAAGAGAAAGCCAUAGAAGAAGGGAUACCGGCUUUCACUUGUGAAGAAUAUGUAAAGAGCCUAACUGCUAACCCUGAGCUCAUUGAUCGUCUGGCCUGUUUGUCUGAAGAAGGGAAAGAGAUAGAGAGUGGAAGAAUCAUCUUUUCAGAGCAUCUCCCCUUAAGCAAGCUGCAACAAGGCAUCAAAUCUGGUGCAUACCUUCAAGGGACAUUUAGAGCCAGUAGGGAAAACUACUUAGAAGCUACUGUCUGGGUGCAUGGAGACGAUGAAGAAAACAAAGAGAUAAUCUUACAAGGACUUAAAAACUUAAACCGAGCUAUUCAUGAAGAUAUCGUGGCUGUGGAGCUUUUACCCAAGAGUCUGUGGGUGGCACCUUCUUCUGUGGUGUUACACGAUGAGGGUCCAACAGAGGAGGACGCGGAGAGGGAAGAGGAGAAAGAGAACCUGCUUAAGACGAAAGCUGUGAACGAAAGCAUGCUGAAGCCCACGGGGAGAGUUGUGGGCAUCAUCAAAAGGAACUGGAGACCGUAUUGUGGCAUGCUGUCCAGGUCUGACAUUAAGGAGUCAAGAAGACAUCUCUUUACUCCUGCUGACAAGAGAAUCCCUCGAAUUCGUAUCGAAACCAGACAGGCUUCUGCCUUAGAAGGAAGGAGAAUCAUUGUUGCUGUCGAUGGUUGGCCCAAAAAUUCCAGAUACCCAAAUGGACACUUCGUGAGAAAUCUGGGUGAUGCUGGAGAUAAAGAAACUGAAACAGAAGUUUUGCUACUUGAGCAUGAUGUUCCCCAUCAGGCUUUCUCUCAGGCUGUUCUCAGCUUCCUGCCCAAAAUGCCCUGGAGCAUUACUGAAAAUGACAUGAAGAACCGAGAAGACCUGAGGCAUCUUUGCGUGUGUAGUGUGGACCCACCAGGAUGUACGGACAUAGAUGAUGCUCUACAUUGUAGGGAACUUAAAAAUGGAAAUUUGGAGGUUGGUGUUCACAUUGCUGAUGUGAGCCAUUUUAUUCGGCCAGGAAACGCUUUGGAUCAAGAAUCAGCGAGAAGAGGAACAACAGUGUAUCUUUGUGAAAAGCGGAUUGACAUGGUUCCUGAACUGCUGAGCUCUAACUUGUGUUCCUUAAGAUGUAAUGUGGACAGACUAGCAUUUUCAUGUAUUUGGGAAAUGAAUCAUAAGGCUGAAAUCUUAAAAACAAGGUUUACCAAAAGUGUCAUUAAUUCAAAGGCUUCUCUUACGUAUGCUGAAGCUCAGAUGAGGAUCGAUUCUGCAACCAUGAAUGACGACAUUACCACCAGUCUCCGUGGGCUCAAUAGACUAGCGAAAAUUUUGAAAAAGCAGAGAAUCGAAAAAGGGGCGUUAACUCUUUCUUCCCCGGAAGUCCGAUUCCACAUGGACAGUGAAACUCAUGAUCCUAUAGAUCUGCAGACAAAGGAACUUAGAGAAACAAACUCAAUGGUGGAAGAAUUCAUGUUGCUUGCCAAUAUUUCUGUGGCAAAAAAAAUUCAUGAAGAAUUUUCUGAACAUGCUUUGCUUCGAAAACACCCUGCUCCCCCUCCGUCAAAUUAUGAAAUUCUUGUGAAGGCAGCAAAGUCCAAGAAUUUGGAAAUUAGGACAGACACGGCAAAGUCUUUGGCGGACUCUUUGGACAAGGCGGAAUGCCCAGCUUUCCCAUAUCUCAACACGCUGUUAAGAAUAUUAGCCACACGCUGCAUGAUGCAAGCUGUCUACUUCUGCUCUGGAAUGGAUAACGAUUUUCAUCACUACGGCUUAGCAUCCCCGAUAUACACACAUUUUACUUCACCCAUCAGAAGAUAUGCAGACAUCAUUGUUCAUCGGCUGUUGGCUGUGGCUAUCGGAGCAGACUCUACUUACCCAGAACUGACAGACAAACACAAGCUGGCAGAUAUAUGUAAAAAUCUCAAUUUCCGCCACAAAAUGGCCCAGUAUGCCCAGCGUGCGUCAGUAGCCUUUCAUACCCAGUUAUUUUUCAAAAGCAAAGGAAUAGUAAGUGAGGACGCUUACAUUUUAUUUGUAAGAAAGAAUGCCAUCGUGGUAUUAAUUCCGAAGUACGGCUUAGAAGGCACAGUCUUUUUUGACGAGAAGGACAAAUCCAAGCCACGGCUUACCUACGAUGAUGAGAUUCCUUCCCUUAAAAUAGAAGAUACAGUGUUCCACAUAUUUGAUAAAGUUAAAGUGAAAAUCAUGUUAGACUCAUCUAAUCUUCAGCAUCAGAAAAUCCGCAUGUCAUUGGUGGAGCCACAGAUUCCAGGAAUAAGCACUGAUAUUUCAGACAUGGACAUGAGUGAACCGGAGAGAAAAAAGAAGAAAUAUGGAAAAUAGCUGUCUCCAAGAGCAGGACUUACAUUACUUUUUUACCACUAAAAGGCCUGAUCAAACACUUAUCAGCCUGAGAAGUGUGAUACAAUUUGUUACUUUUAAGCACAUUUUAAUAAUUUUUUACAAAAUUGCA